AUGUCGAAAUAUGAAGAUGAUCAGGAGAGUUUUAUCGAUGACUCCGAUUUGUUGAACAAUUCGCAACUCAACGCGGGUGAGGUCCCCAACAAUAAUAGUAAUGGGUCAGCAUUGGAUGACAGCAUCAACGAUAGCCUGGACUCGGUAUAUUGGAAAACUUGGAGGCAGAAGAUUGGCGGUAGCGCAAUUAAUGCUGAUAAAUAUGGAACAGCAACAUUGAAUAUGACCACGAGUAAAUCGGAAAAGAGUAUUGACAUGAAAUUGCCUAAAUCCAGGAGCAAUUUAUCGAUUGCCAGAGAAAACUCAUGGUGGAGUUGGAGGAAUGGAGAAAAACGUGGUAAUGAUGACAAUAAAACAUCACUGCAAUGGAGCCUCGCAGUACCCAUUGAUAAUGUUGAACUGGAGAAUGAUUUAAUAAUGCCUUAUCAGAUGCAAACAUCAGUGAUGAGUAAACAGAACCCGCAUAGCGUACAUCUGUCUAAUGAUAAUAAAGCUGAAGGCGCUAGUACAAAGGAAUCGGGACAACAUGAAGAAAUUGUCACUAAGGACUUACUCGACACUAAAAACAAAAUGGAAAGAUAUAAACCAACUCUCGAAAGUGCAACUGAAGGUGGGAAUGAUGAGGUCCCGAUAGAUAGCUCUAGUAAUUUGCUCAAUCAAACUAGAACUGAAACUCAAGAGAUGUCUAUAAGCGAAUCUAAGUGGUAUUCCCUAUUCAGCGCUACAAAUGAUGUCAACCUUCAACCAACACCUAAAGCACUGCUACCAUCAGAACCGCAGGACGGGAAGGAUUACAAAUAUGAUAUCAAUAAGCAAGAAAAUGGUGGUUGGUGGAAUUCAAACUGGAUUUGGAAUCUGAUUUCGCAAGCUCAAUCACCAACGGAUUUAGUUAGCGAGGACGGUGAUCAUCAUGAAUCAAUAGAUUCCAAGAAAGCAAGAAAAGUCAUUAAAAGCUUUGAUGUUAAUACUCCUUCUUAUUGGGCCUUCAUAUCUCACGAUCCUAAUUUGAUCAUCGGAGAAUUAGCAAUUGGUGAAACCGAGUUUGAGGAUAAUCCAAUAAUGAUGUUCAAUGAAUUACCAAAGUCAAAGAUGGAACAAGCAAUGAUAGACAAGAAGACCACCGCCAAUAAUCGUAAUAAUGAAAAAAUAAUGAGGAAGGAUCUGUGCGAAUCAGAAGAUAUUUUCGACAGGAAUGAGCUGCAGCAAAAUGUUUUUCCAACCUUUAAAGAAUGUUACCGACCUUUGGAAGUCAAAACUAGAAUCAGAUUGAUCGCCCGGAAGCUUUUGCGUAACAUAAAGAUUGCAGAAAUGAGUAUACCAAUUGAACGUCAUUUGUACCAUGAUUCAAAGUUAACACAUAAAGACCAUAAGAAUAAUUCUUCUGAGUUGGACCUCCAAAAAAAGCUUUUGGUUGUUAAUAUUCAGAACUUUUUGCCAUUGGAAUUGUUGAAAUAUGUUGAUGACAAGUCAGUUUAUCUGGUAGAUUCUUCUAAGGCCAUUAUUAAUCUUGCAAGGAGAUGGGGGCAAAGCAAAGGGUUUGAUACCGAUACUUUAGAAAUUGAAUUAUUGACUUUAAGAGGCAAGAAUUUAGUGACUGAUCAAGUUGAAAAUUUUUUUGAGAUUAUCAUUAAGAAUUGGAUAAUGAAGUUUUCAGAAUGUGACUACUUGUUGUUUGUGGGAAACUUCAAUUCUGGACCUAUUGCUGUCCAUAUACUCAGCAAAUGUUUUAAAAAAUACAAAAAGAUCUUCGCCGAUAUAAGCAAGAUUGGAAUCAUUAGUAUAAAUGGGAUUUGGUCUGGACCACUUAUUACUAAUAAUGAAAAGAAAUCAAGGGAUAAGAAUGACACCCUGACAAGGAAGAGUAAAAGAAGUCGAAGCAAUGACAGCAAUGUUGAUGCUGGAAAUGUCACUAUUGAAAGCACUUAUAGCGUCAAAAAAGAGAUUGAACACUUGGAUAAAAAAAUUGCAAAUGAGAUGUUUCAAUAUGCUGAUCCUGAUUCUGAAUACAGUUACUGGUUAGACUACGAUAUAAGACAUCUUCUAAGCCAAAGUAACGUCAAGAUUUCUUUUAUUGGGAGCAUGAAUGCUAAAUUGGUACCAUUAUAUUCUUCUCUAUGUUGUCAGUUUAGUCAUCCGAACAUCAACAGAUUGGUGUAUAUGAAUAAUAAGGGAAAAUUGUUCAGCAAAUUUGUUGUGAAUUUGGUGAAAGUUUGCGUGACUGUGAAAAAUCUCGGAUAUGAUGACUACAAUAUGUUGGUUUAUCUAAGCGAUUAUUUAAUUAGAAAUUCAAUGAACCCAAUGAUUUCAUCUUCUUCGAAGCCUAACUUACUCCACGAGGAUUGUGCAAGCAUUUACCAACAUGAAGAGACUUUUCAAUCAGCACUACAGUUCUGUUUAGAGACAACCAAUCUUGUUCUUAAUGAUAUUUCUGGAAUGGAUAUUAGUGGUCAACACAUUCAAGUGGACGAUGAGUCCCAAAUUCAAGAAGGUCAAUUCUUGAGGCACGGAAGUUUGUCUGAAACCAAUAAAGAUACCAUCAAGUCAGCAUUCAGACAUAAGAAUUAUUAUAUUAACAACUCGCAAGAUGUAAUGAAAUUCAGCAAAGUGAACUACCCGGAACUAAUUAAUAACUUCAAUGAUUUCCAGUACCCUUGGAUUCUUAAUAAAUUGAUUAAAGAGUUGCAAGUUAUCAAACAUAUUGAUGUUGUCUCGUUGAUUGAAGACCUACGGGUUCUGGUACAGGAAUGGACACCAAAGGACCAAACCUCUCAAAAACUAAAGAGCUCAUUAGAAGUAAUUGCAAUAUCGGACUAUUUAUGA